AUGGAUGUGUUUCUUAUGAUCAGGCGAGAAAAGACCACCAUCUUCGCUGAGGCCCAGGAGUCGAGCACGGUCUUAGAGCUGAAGCGCAUUAUCCAGGGCAUCCUGAAGAGGCCUCCUGAGGAGCAGCUGCUGUUCAAGGAUGACCAGCUCCUUGAUGAGAGCAAAACUCUGCGUGACUGUGGCUUCACUAGCCGUGUAGCAAAGCCACAGGACCCAGUCACAGUGGCCCUGGUGUUCAGAGAAGACGCCUCUGAAGGUGUGCAGAUCCACCCCUACUCUACUCCUCUGCUUCCACGUGUGAUGAAAACUGGCACAGACAGUCUGAGUGACGAGAUAAAAAGUGGUCUAGACAGUCUGAGUGACGAGAUAAAAAGUGGUCUAGACAGUGUGUGUUCUACAGAACAAGUUGUCCUGUGA